UAUAAAGAAUAGAUUUUCGGCGAUUGUCGAAGUGAAUUAAUUGUUGGAAGAUAAAUUAUUGAAAUUAACGUUCAGUUUAGAAAAUGAAUUCUUUAAGUGAUGACACUGAAAUGAAAGUUCAUGAUGGCAAUGAACAUUUAACACCUAAACCGAAAACCAUAGAAGAUUCCGUUAGAGAGAUAGUGCAUGCCAUCAUGGAACUGAAAGCUCUGGCGGAACGAGAACGCAAAAUUGCUGACGAGAAAAGAAAAAGAGAAUCAUCUUCUUCUGCUGACGAUGAAAAACUUGGAAGGAACGAAGAACCAUCGGUAUUGAAUAAAGAAGCUAAUGAGAACAAAGAGGCGUCAGCAAUUGAAAAUGGAUCUUCAAACAUAGGCGAAUCCAUCGCAGAAGAUGAUGAUGAAGCGAGAACAAAGCGAAUUCAGGGAGAACAAAGAGAAUUCAGGGAGAACAAAGAGGCGUCAGCAAUUAAAAAUGGAUCUUCAAACAUAGGCGAAUCCAUCGCAGAAGAUGAUGAUGAAUGUUUUGGUAUAUUAAGAUUUUCGUUUUUCUCCAGUGUNCGAACGCCCCAGGCUUUCACCCGUGCUCGCUAA